CACUCAAAAGUAACUAAUUAGCUGACCUCAAAGAACGUGUCGGUGAAUAACAGUGAAGCAAGUCAUUAAUACCACGAAAAACAGCCUGGCAACACAAAACCUCUUCUAAUGAAGAAAAUUAUUUAUCAUCUAUUAAUAAAGGCAUUAGUUUCUACUUUCAAAACAUUUACAAAAUGUGUCUUAUUAAAUAGUAAUAUACUCAUUAAUAAAAUUGGGCUCUACCAUGAUCUAAGACCACAUACGAUGCACCACCACAAUCAACAACCUUCAAAAUGGCCAUGAUGUUGAAUCAGCACCUGUCUAAAACAGUUUCACCCUUAUAAAUAAAUUGAUUGUAGAAUCAAAUUGUUAAUACAAGUAAAAUAUAAAUUCUAAAAGGUUUUUCUUUUUAACGCCAUGUGCAGUGAGUAUGUAAAGGAGCAGUCAUCUCACGUUCAGCUCCAGUAUAAGGCAUCAUGUUGACCACUAGCUGAACCUGUCUGCUGUGCAGCAGUGCCAUCUCCUGAGGAGCUCAGCACACAGCACAUUAGUGGCCUGCCAUGAGGCUGCUGAGAGGAUUGGCUUCAGAUUUACUAUACAUGAGCAGGGCGACCUGGGACAGACAGCCUUUACGCACAGCUUGAGUUACACCUGUAAUGCAACAAAAUAUUCUUUUUGCACAGCAGCAGUGGAGUUCCGUCUCUCCCCUAUAACCACCUUCUAUCUGUGCAUUUCAGACCAUUGUCAGUGAUGAUACACGUGAGAAAAUGAGCUUCUCACAUGCAGUAUAAUGUUGUCACUGUCCGGGUAAAACGUGAACUUCCCAUGCACUCAUAUUCACGUUGCAGCGCAAAGGCGACCGCAACAUAUGCAAAGAAACCCAUCUUAAACCCCCCCACCCCACCCCUUUUUAAACGAAAAACCAGAAAAUGGGUUAAAAAUCAGUUUCAGCUCAACAGUUCCUCGCCUGCAGCACCCAGAAGUGAACAGCAGGCGAACCGGAAGGUUUGAAGUCCGACUGAGUGCGAGCAGAAAGAAGAGACUAAUCCAAAAUAUUCCUUCCCUCGCCGGUUCAGGUACGUUGGCCGCUCGGAUCCAAAUUCUCAGCCUCCUUCUGUCCCUUUCUCUCUCACACAGCCGUCCGGUGUCGCUUCGCCUCCGUUUCUAUUUAAGUCAUGCAAAAGUUACAAUGAAAAAGACCCUUUUCCACGCAGAAAUGAUAAAGACCGAUUUCUUUUCCUCUGUCGUCAAAAUAAAAGCUUCCAUUACGCGUCAGUAUUAACAUCGAUGUUAAAAUUUAUGGCUCAGAAGCUGCUGAGCUUUCCGCAAAGGUAUGAUGAUUGUUGUAGGAAGUGUCAGGUUUUCCCCCUCCUCUAGCCGGGCUAUUCAAACCUGCAAAUCAAAGUAAACAAUCAUUCGUGCGCUUAAUGCAAAUGUGUCACAGGCGCGUCACAAAAACGUUUCAUUCCAUCGGUAGAAUUACCAGCUUAUAAAAUUCGGAUCUGCAGAAUAUGGCGUCCAAUGCUUAUAAAAAUAAGACAGGGCUGCCAUUUUUGUUUUCCUUUUGUCUGGAAUUCUUUAAUAAACUGUCUGAGAAUGCGGGAGAGGCGGCGGACCAAGCGGGGCGCUGCAGAGGACCGGUCUUCUCUGGAGAUGUUCUCAUUUAAAGCUGCUCGGCUCCUGUUUGCUUUGGUUUUAAUCGGAGGAAUAAUUCAACACAGCAGGAUGGCUGAACCUCGCUUUAACAAUCCUUACUUUUGGCCCCCACCUCCUGCGAUGCACAGCCAGCUGGAUAACCUAGUCUUGAUCAAUAAAAUCAAGGAGCAGCUGAUGGUGGAGAAGAUCAGACCGUCACAUCUGCCCCCUGCCUCAACACCUUCCCAAGAGCCCUUACUGGCUCCCCCCAGUCAGGCGGAAAGUGGCCAGCACGGGAUGUCCAAAGCCCAGCAGAUGCAACUUCUGCACAGCCACAGCCUGUCUCAGCCUGAUGUCGCCCCGCGUCCCCGCCCCGCCAGCCCUGCCCUCCCCGUCUCCAGCUCAGUCACAGGUCGUAUUCUAGGGGAUGUGAACUUGAAUCUGGAUGAAAAGGCAGCUAUAAAAGCAAGAGGAUUAUGGGAAGACUGGCAUCUGCGUCAACUCAUGGAUCAUCCUUCAAGGACAAACCAUGUCUCAGGUGUGGCACUGGCAUCCAGAACAGGCAACCUCAACUCCUCAGAGAUCAUCACCCCCACCUCAAGCAGCCAUAGUCGGCUGGGUGGAGCUCCCAGCCCUCACUUCAUCUCAGGGUUAGCCAGCAGCCAUGGGAUGGAGCCUGGGAAAAACAACGGGGGUCUCGUGGGGCUCCUCGGGCCUCCUCCAAAGGAGGGACGAGGCCGUAAAAAGAUCAAAGCAGAGAAUGGGUCUUCAUUGUUGGUGGUGCCCUACCCAAUCCUAGCCUCAGGAAAUGACCAGGCUUGUGUCACCAUCACUGCCAAAGAAGGAAAAACUUACAGAUGUAAAGUUUGUCUGCUGACCUUCUUCUCCAAGUCAGACAUGCAGAUUCACUCCAAAACACACACAGAAACUAAGGCUCACAAGUGUCCUCAUUGUACUAAGUCCUUUGCGAAUGCAUCCUACCUGGCCCAGCACCUUCGCAUACACCUGGGCAUCAAACCCUACCGCUGCUCCUACUGUGAGAAAUGCUUUCGCCAGCUCUCCCAUCUGCAGCAGCACACCAGAAUCCACACAGGUGAUCGGCCAUAUAAAUGCGCCCAUCCAGGAUGUGAAAAAGCUUUUACACAGCUGUCUAAUCUGCAGUCUCACCAGAGGCAGCACAAUAAAGACAAGCCCUUCAAAUGUUCCAACUGUUACCGUGCCUACUCAGACUCUGCCUCGCUGCAGAUCCACCUGUCUGCUCAUGCCGUGAAAAACGCCAGGGCCUACUGUUGCAGCAUGUGUGGCAGGGCGUACACCUCAGAAACGUACCUUAUGAAGCAUGUGGUUAAACACUCAGUGGUGGAACACGUGGUGUCCCAUCAUUCCCCUCAGCAUAGGACAGAGUCACCCACCCUCCCUAUAGGCAUCUCCCUCAUCUGAGCCUCCUCACCCAUCUCCUUCUGCUCCCAUCAGAGACGUUUCUUCUGAUACCGGCACUCCUCUGAUAAACUCCUAUGUUGUGAAGAGAUGCUCUUUUAAUGACUUUAUUCUCCUGCUCUUUCUUGCUGACCAGAUAUUAUUAAUGGGAAUGUCCAAAGAUGGUUUCUCAGCACUUUCAGGCCUGGAAAUGGCAGGUCUAAAAUUCCUUUUUUUAUGCGACUUCACAGGAUAGCUCCAGGCAGCUACAUGGAAACUUUUUAAAAUGUUUUUUUCCUAUAACAGAUUACUUUGUCUUUUUUAUAUGGCCUCUUAGUUUACUUUGUCUUUGACAUAAACAAGUCUUCCUUUUGCCAAUUGGCCACAAGAACAAAAAGGUGGAUGUUUAUAUACUGUACAAUGUUUAUGUAUUUGCAUAUCUUGCUUCUUAUAUCACUGUUUGCUGUCUUUCACCAGUCACAUGGCCAUAAUGCACACACAAGUCAUGUGUCAACAUUAACUUCCCCCUAUAUCAUUUUCACUCUGUUAACAACUGGGACUUGUACUGACUCAUAAAUUAAACUUUACAUACAUACAGACAGAUUUUGCUUACGUUAUCACUGUGCUUAUCGAGAAACUGACUGAAGGUGACUCUUUACUCUGCAACAGUUAAUUUCAACCAGUGUCACACACACAGAUAUUCCAUUUUGAUCUGGUCAUGUUUAAAGAUUGAGAGAUUCCCAGCAGUUUGAUUGCUUCAAAAAAUACACUAAAGGCAAAACUGAAACUAAUUUAUGCAAUGAAUGAGAGCUUCUGCUUUAAGAUAGUGCUAGAAGUGAAUCAUUUUAAAUUCAGUCAAACUUCCUGAAUAUAUAACAAUUUUUAUGCAUUUACGUUGCAGAAGUCACAAUAGUUUGUGAUUGUGUUAUUCACUUAUGGUACUUUUGUCCACUUUAUAUUUAAUUGGGUGAACAGAAAGUAAAUGUAGCAUUGAGGCUGAAACACUACAAACCACUUUGCUGCACAUGGACACGUGUUGCUUUCCCAGAAAACAUUCAUAAUGAGGUCCCUGUUUAGGGUUUUCAGCUUAGUGUCUAAUCAAUCAUCAACCUUUUCUCAGUUGUGUUAUGAACACCUGCCAUUUUAUAAGGAUUUAAGCCUCAACAGUCACUUCUAGGAUCCGCGUCACUAUUUUAUCACUUAAUGUCUGCCUUUUAUGUCAUACUGUGGUGUACUGUGCAAUGUAAACCUGUUUGAUAAUAAAUAAUUCUAUAAUUGCAGGUAAUGGUGAAAGCACUUGUAGUCAACAAAUCAGAUGUCAAGGUAAUAAUCUUGGCAGAUUAAACUGGAAGAAAACAUUCCUCCAAAAACAUGCCACUGCUGAGAAAUUCACCCAGAAAGCUACAGUGGGUAACUUAAGGUAGCAUUAACAUGAAACUCCAAAUCAGUCCACUGUGCUCCCUGUCCAUACUACAAUCUACCACUCCCACCACGCUCUGCCCAGCUCUUCAGAUAUUUCUCAUUAUGAAGUUAGGAGAUGAGAAUGCAACAGAAACUACUGAUCAAGCACAAUAAUUUAAAAUCUCUGGUUGGUUACAGAGGUUAAAAUCUCUGCACUGCUGCCAGUGCUGUUCAAUGAACCUACUGUAGGUCACAGGAGGCUUCGACAGCACCUCAAGACAGUUUUUGAAAGAUAUUUCUACAAUAACAAUGUUUGUUUUAAAAAGUUACAUACUGUAGCUCUAAUUGUGCUGAAAUCCAAUGUAAUGU